GUUCUUCCUGGUUUCCAGGUGGAACACAAGCUGUUGUCGGACUGAUGUGAAGCUGUGUGAUAAAGGAAAGUCGACUGAAUUUUUUGUUAACAGUGUGAAGAAAGUUGGAGCUAUGCCUUUUCUCCAUGGUUUUCGGAGGAUCAUCUAUGAGUAUCAACCACUGGUGGAUUCCAUAGUGUGUGCGAUUGGGUUGGAGGAGGGGCCUGACAGUCCAGAGGAGAGAACAGUCGGUGCUGAAAAUGAGGAUGACCGGCACAGGGCGCUUUUGGCACUCCUGGAAAGAGAGUCUGGUUCUGACAUGUUUGUGGAAGGCAUCAGCUAUGUUCUGUUUAAAGUGGCUGAGCGGGGACUGGUGGAUGUAGCUGAAAUCCUCCUGCGCUACAGCGCAGAUAUCAACUUUGAAGACCCAGUGUCUUACUACAACCCACUGCACGUUGCUGUUUUAAGGAACAGGCCAAACAUGGUGAGACUGCUGGUCGCAAACGGAGCAGACAUCGAAAAAAGGGACAGGAUACAUGAGAGCAGUCCUCUGGACCUCGCGAGUGAAGAGUGUGAGAGGCUGCCGUGUCUGCUCACCCUGCUCGAUUUGGGUGCUGAUGUGAAUGCAAAGAACAGACAUGGGAAAACACCAUUGCUCCAUGCCUUUGCAUGCGCUGAUGGGCUCACAGUGAACAACAUGGAGAACAUGCGACUCCUGCUCCAGAGAGGUGCUGAUGUUAACGUCAUGUCUCUGGUUGAGGAAACUGUUGAGUCCUCAUUGGUGUUCCUGGUGAAUGAAGCUCUGGACGCGCCCAAUGCUUAUGACGCUGUCAACAUCGGCAACUUUUGUGUGAGAGCCACACGGUUGCUGCUGGCCCACGGUUUGGAACUCGGCUGUGUGACUGACGAUGAGCCGACCCUUGCCCAGACGAGCCUGGAGUGUUUUGACCGAGCCUUCCCUCUGGCUGUGCUCUUACUCCAGAGCAGAGCCUGUUUUGGCUCACCCAGCCAUGUCCACUGCUGUCAGGCAGGUUAUAAAAUUCUUUUCCACGGGCUCCAAAAAGCUUUGCAGCAGUGUUCUGAUCAGAGUGGGGCCACUGAGCUCCUGGAGCAGGCUGAGGUGCUGCUGGACUUUGUCAGGGUGAAUGUUCCCACGCUGCAUCUCCCUCCUCAACUGGAUUUACCUGUGCAGGACUCUCAUCCUUACGCUCAGAGUCUGCUUGACCUGCACCGACGUGUCCUCGAGCACAAAGCAAGUCCUCCAGCUUUGCGAUGCCUGUGCAGGGCGUUCAUACGAAGCCGGCUGCAGCGCUGGCCUCUGGACGACAAAGUACAAGCUCUGCCGUUACCAGACACACUGAAACACUUUCUUCUCCCGGAGAAAACCUACACCCCAAAACCUGGAUGGGACCGUUUCAGGUUCCACAAUAAUCUUGGGUCUUCACACUAGUCUGCAGUUGAAAGACUCAGCAAGGCUGUUUUUUGUUUUUUUUUUUUUUUUUUUAAGCACCACAUCUUAAUUUUAUUAACUCUUGUGCAAAGAGGAGUUGUGCAAAGUCCAUCAGACUUGUUUUGUUUGCAACAUUUAGACAUUUUUUUUUUAAUGCAGCAGAAAGCCUUUGUGAUGUGCAUCAAGCAUCUGAUUGUAACUAUGGACAGCUAACUUUAAAAAAUGCACAAAAGCAUUGAUUUGGUUUGCAUUAUUAAUAGCUGCUUUGGCUAAUGUGUAA